GGAGAUUUGACUUUCUUGUUGCACUUAUACCUACAUACAUACACACUCACACUCUCCCCCGGAAAGAAGAAAGACGAAUUGAAGAUGCGGUCCUUCGUAUUGCUAUCGUUUCUCGGUGGACUUGCGCUCGUUUCUGCGCAGACGAAGCCAAAGUGCGAGUCUCAAUGUCCGUUGGUCAAGUGCCCUGCUACGGACGCUGCUACUCUCUGCAGAUGCAAGAACACUCGUGAGAGAUUGUGCAAGGAAAUGUGUCCAGACUACCAACCCCUCUACCUCCCGUGUCCCAUCUCCCCUCCAACUAACUCCCCAAUCCCACCCCCCUGUGAAAACAAAGCCUGCCCCAUGGUCUGGCCGCAAUCCUGCUACUGCAUGAACUCCAUCAAGUCCGCCUGCUUCGCCAAAUGCGGCGGCGAAGCCCCCACGCUUCAAGAAUGCCCUCCACUUUCCCAACCCUCGUUCGUCACGCUCGCCGCCCUCGCCGUCGUCGACUCCACCAAGCCGACGCCAAAGCCCCAGCCGACUGGCGCGAACCCGGUGUGUGGCGGCGGACGCGGGAACUACAGGACGUGUGAGGAGGGGUGGACGUGCAUCAAGAAUCCGUACAAGCCGGGCUGUGGGCCCGAGUGUGAUGGGUUGGGGGUCUGUGUGAAGGAUAGGAUGUGUGGUGGAUUUGCGGGGUUUGCGUGUGGGACGAAGGGGCAGGUUUGCGUGGAUGAUCCGAGGGAUGAUUGUGAUCCGAAGAGGGGAGGGGCGGACUGCGGGGGAUUGUGUAUGUGGGAGGAGAAGGUGCAGGAGGAGUAG